GAGAGAGAGAGAGAGAGAGAGAGAGAGAUGAGACAUCACAAAUGCUGCAACAAACAAAAUGUAAAGAGAGGGCUCUGGUCACCAGAGGAGGAUGAGAAACUAAUCAACUACAUAUCCACCUAUGGCCAUGGAUGCUGGAGCUCAGUCCCUAGACUUGCUGGUCUGCAAAGAUGUGGAAAGAGCUGCAGAUUAAGAUGGAUAAAUUAUCUAAGGCCCGACUUAAAACAUGGGAGCUUCUCUUCCCAAGAAGCAGCUCUCAUCAUUGAACUCCGUAGCAUUCUUGGCAACAGAUGGGCUCAAAUAGCUAAACAUUUACCGGGAAGAACUGACAACGAGGUGAAGAAUUUUUGGAAUUCAAGCAUAAAAAAGAAGCUCAUAUCUCAUCACAAUCACCAUGUUCAUGGCCUCUCUGAUCAUCAUCAUCUAGCAGCCACCACAUUUCCUUAUCACCCAAACCCAAAUGUCCCUUUUGAAUGUUUCCACACGCUCAAUCCAAACCCUAAUUUCAUCCCAUCUCCACAGCCAGAACACUACAUGCACAUCCCCAACCCAUUCACAUCAGUCAUAGCACAAGGUCUUGAUAGUCCUAGUUUCCUUCCCCUAGACCCACCUUCAUUUGAUCACUCCUUAUUGUCCUUAGACUAUAACCACCCUCCACAAAUUGAUCACCAAAAUUUUCUUAGACAAGAGGAGUGCAUGAUCAGCUAUACCGCCGCUCCAUGUUAUAAAGUUACAAACCCGAAGACGAUAGUACUAGUACUACCGCCGUAUGAUGAUCCAACUGGACUUGUGGGGCCUUCCAUGCCAAAACUCUGUGAGAUGAUCAGCUGUGCUAUGCCAUCUUCAUCAACUGCUUCACAUGAUCAAGUUGACUCUAUUGUUGCAACAAGUCUUGAUACAUUUUUCCCAUCUGAUCUUUUGAACUCAUGUGAUCCCCAUGUGCCAACCAAUUAAAUGGAAAUCAUUGAUGCUAUCA